AUGUCUCUCCCCGAACGACCCGGAGCGAGCUCUCCCUUCGAGAACAGAAAAACCUACAAAAACUCGCCAUCGCGACGGACCCGUCCUGGCGAUGUCGACGCCGACGGUUAUUCUCCCGUAGGAGGGCGACCUCAACACCAACGUGGGCAAUCUGCCACCUCCUUCCCCGAGACGAUCCCGUCUCCUAAUAUCAACACAGAGAACCAACCUCUAUCCCCGACCUACGAUUCGCCCGCUGCAGGACCCUCGGCCGCCGACGAACCCUUUCAGAGAAAGAGAAGCUUGAUCCGACCAGAGCGACGCCGAAUCGACAAGGACCACCCCAACUAUUACUACCGCCAGCAUGCCACCAAUAUGAAUGUUCUGCCCUCGGCUACCGGAAACGAUCCGAUAGUCGAGGACAUGGAGGGCACCACGGAUGUGUCUGGGCGCUCGCAGACGAACGACAACUACUCGGACGCCUCACCACCGCGAGGAAUCAGCAGCAGGCAAAACAGCGGAGAAGAGAAGACGGGCCCGACUCGAACCAAGACGAAACGCUUGAGCCGUCACAAGUCCGGCAAGCUCACCAAGGAUAGUAAGCGGAAGCAGCAGGUCGAACAGAUUCGCCCGCCGAGUUUCUGGAACGUCUACUGCGCAAUCAUUACGUUCUGGAUGCCCAACUUCAUGCUGAAGUGCUGCGGCAUGGCGUCCAAGGCCCAACAGCGAGCUUGGAGGGAGAAGAUGGGUCUGAUCAGCAUCAUCCUGCUCAUCAUGGGUUUCGUUGGUUUCAUCACAUUCGGCUUCACUCAAGUGGUUUGCGGAACGCCUCCGCUUCGUCUCCGGGUUAACGAGGUGUCUGGAGGAUACAUGAUUUUCCACGGAACCGCCUACGACCUGUCUGGCUCUCGUCACCCCCCAGCUGACGGUGUCCCCAUGAUCAAUAGGACUCAUGGAGCUAACGUCUUGUACGACUUGCCUGAGAAGAACGGCGGAAAGGACGGCAGUUUCCUGUUCCAAAACGUCAACGGCCGGUGCAAGAACCUCAUCACGCUCGCCGACAACUCGGAUGUCCCGACGGACAGCAGCGGUGAUCUGGCAUGGUACUUCCCUUGCACGGUCUUCAACCAGGACGGGUCCUCAAAGCCCAACCUGACGAUUCCUUACUAUCUUGGAUGGGCCUGCCACACCACGCGCAAGGCUCGCGACACGUUCUACCUGGACUUGCACGGCGCCGCUGACGUCUACUUCUCCUGGAACGACAUCAAGAACAGCUCCCGCAACCUCAUUGUUUACUCGGGCACGGUGUUGGAUCUUGACCUGCUCGACUGGUUCAACACGACCCAGGUAAAGGUGCCCGAUCGCUUCAACGAGCUCAAGGAUAAGAACUCGGCCACCAACAAGGCCAUUCGUGGACGCGACGUAACCAGAGCCUUCCAGAGUUCAACAGAUAAGCAGAUCGCCGAGUGCUUCGAGGAGAUCAUCAAGGUCGGCUCGGUCGACACUGACACUGUCGGCUGCAUCGCUUCGCAGGUCGUCCUUUACUGCUCUCUCGUCCUUAUUUUGGCCGUCGUCGCGACGAGAUUCUUCCUCGCCGUCAUUUUCCAAUGGUUCAUCAGCCGAACGUACGCUGCAUCCAAAACGUCUCAGAGCGGAGACAAGCGUAAACGCGCCCGUCAAAUUGAGGACUGGUCUGAGGACAUCUACCGGGCACCUCCCAGGCUGCCUGGUGAUAUUGGAAGCAGUGUCAACGGCUCUUCUGACCGCACCAGCAAGCGCCAAAGCUCCUUCCUGCCUACGACUUCUCGUUUCUCUGCUGUUUACGGAGCGGGCGGAGCGCCGCAUGUUGGUGGAAAGCGAAUGCCCACCACCAUGGCCAGUUCAGGUGCCGGCAGCAACAUGCUGCAUCCCAAUAACAUGUAUCGCCAGGGCAACGACAGCCGGACCAGCUUCCUUCGCUCGGAUCCUUACACAAGCAAUGCCAGUCCAACCGAGGGUCCUGGACCGGCCGGCUUCAUUCACGAGGCCGUUGUCCCUCAACCGCCUGCCGACUGGAUGCCGUUUGGGUUCCCGCUUGCCCACACAAUGUGCCUGGUUACCGCUUACUCUGAAGGUGAGCUUGGUAUCCGGACCACGCUCGAUUCCAUCGCCAUGACCGACUACCCCAACAGCCACAAGGUCAUCGUCAUUAUCUGCGACGGUAUCAUCAAGGGCAAGGGCGAAACGAUGUCCACCCCGGAUUACUGCUUGGCAAUGAUGAAGGACCACACCAUCCUCCCCGAGGAAGUCGAGCCGUUCUCGUAUGUGGCAGUCGCUAGCGGCUCCAAGCGACACAACAUGGCAAAGGUCUACUCUGGUUUCUAUGACUACGGCGCCAAGUCCGCCAUUCCCCUCGAGAAGCAGCAGAGGGUCCCUGUUCUGCUCGUGGUCAAGUGUGGCACGCCGGAUGAGGCAACCAAGUCGAAGCCUGGUAACCGUGGAAAGCGUGACAGUCAGAUCAUUCUCAUGUCCUUCCUCCAGAAGGUCAUGUUCGAUGAGCGUAUGACGGAGCUCGAGUAUGAAAUGUUCAAUGGUCUCUGGAAGGUCACCGGCAUAUCGCCCGACUUCUACGAAAUCGUGCUCAUGGUCGAUGCCGAUACCAAGGUCUUCCCUGACAGUCUGACGCACAUGGUCUCUGCCAUGGUCAAGGACCCCGAAAUCAUGGGUCUUUGCGGCGAGACCAAGAUUGCCAACAAGCGCGACAGCUGGGUGACCGCCAUCCAAGUCUUCGAGUAUUUCAUCUCUCACCACCUGGCCAAGUCCUUCGAGUCCGUCUUUGGCGGUGUCACCUGUUUGCCCGGUUGUUUCUGCAUGUACCGUAUAAAGGCGCCUAAGGGAGCUCAGGACUACUGGGUUCCCAUUUUGGCCAACCCGGAUAUUGUCGAGCACUACUCCGAAAACGUCGUGGAUACUUUGCACAAGAAGAACCUUCUGUUGCUCGGUGAGGACCGAUACCUGACAACGCUCAUGCUCCGCACCUUCCCCAAGCGUAAGCAGGUCUUUGUUCCGCAGGCCGUCUGCAAAACUACUGUGCCCGACACCUUUGCCGUUUUGCUUUCGCAGCGUCGCCGCUGGAUCAACUCGACUAUCCAUAACUUGAUGGAACUGGUCUUGGUCCGUGAUCUCUGCGGUACUUUCUGCUUCAGCAUGCAGUUCGUCGUGUUCAUUGAGCUUAUGGGAACCCUUGUCCUACCCGCCGCCAUUGCCUUCACCUUCUACGUCGUCAUUAUAUCCAUCGUCCGCCAGCCUGUGCAGAUUAUCCCCCUGGUUCUGCUGGCUCUCAUCCUUGGUCUUCCCGCCGUGCUCAUCGUUUUGACUGCUCACUCCUGGACCUACGUCUUGUGGAUGCUGAUCUACCUAUGUUCACUCCCCAUCUGGAACUUUGUCCUUCCCACGUACGCGUUCUGGAAGUUUGACGACUUCUCGUGGGGUGAUACCAGAAAAACGGCAGGCGAGAAGACGAAGAAGGCUGGUCUCGAGUACGAGGGCGAGUUCGACAGUAGCAAGAUCACCAUGAAACGAUGGGCCGAGUUCGAGCGCGAACGCCGGACGCGCACCAACUACUGGGGCUCCAAGGAGAACGUCGUCGGCGGGGGCAACAGCUGGUCGGUGCCCCCGGGUCACCAGUACAACGACGAGUACUUCCCUGACGCAUAA